UCUCUAUAUUGCCUUUAUCCUCAAAACAUUUCCACCAAAACAUGUCGACCGAAAAAUCGGCACCGGCGCCGGAGACGCCUCCGAAUUUCUGGGGUGACACGCCGGCGGAGGAGUACUACGCCUCCCAAGGGGUGCGCAACACUCAAUCCUACUUCCCUACUCCCAACGGCCAGAUCUUCACCCAGAGCUUCCUGCCGUUGGAUCCCGACCUACCAGUCAAAGGCACCGUCUUCAUGACCCACGGCUACGGCUCCGACACCGGUUGGCUCUUCCAGAAAAUCUGCAUCACCUUCUCCACCUGGGGCUACGCCGUCUUCGCCGCCGACCUCCUCGGCCACGGCCGCUCCGACGGCCUCCGCUGCUACCUCGGCGACAUGGAGAAGGUCGCCGCCACCUCCCUCUCCUACUUCCUCCACGUCCGCCGCAGCGAGCCCUACCGCCGCCUCCCGGCCUUCCUCUUCGGCGAGUCGAUGGGCGGCGCCGCUACCAUGCUCAUGUACUUCCAGUCCGACCCCGACACGUGGACGGGCCUGAUCUUCUCGGCGCCGCUCUUCGUCAUACCGGAGAACAUGAAGCCCAGCAAGCUCCACCUCUUCGUCUACGGGCUCCUGUUCGGCCUCGCCGACACGUGGGCGGCGAUGCCGGACAACAAGAUGGUCGGAAAGGCCAUCAAGGAUCCCGAGAAGCUGAAAAUCAUAGCGUCCAAUCCGAGGAGGUACACUGCCCCCAGGGUGGGGACCAUGAGGGAGAUUGCUAGGGUGUGCCAGUACAUACAGGAUAACUUCUCCCGCGUAACGGCGCCGUUUCUGACCGUGCAUGGGACUGCCGACGGGGUGACGUGUCCGACGUCGUCGAAGCUGUUGUAUGAGAAGGCAUCGAGUGUGGACAAGAGCUUGAAGAUUUACGAUGGGAUGUACCAUUCCUUGAUACAAGGAGAGACUGAUGAGAAUGCCGACCUUGUGUUGAAGGAUAUGAGGGAGUGGAUCGAUGAGAGGGCGGAGAAGUAUGGACCUAAACCCUAGAUUACUAAAUGUGGGUUUUGGGUUUGGGAUUAAUGAGAUGUGACAAAAUGUGUGUUUGAUCGUAAUGUAAUAAUAAGGUUUAUAUCUUUAACUUAGUUUGGUACUUCUUAAAGCUAAAUGCAAAGGUGUUCAAACUCUGGCUUUGAUCCAAAAUGAGGAGUGAGAUUCAAACUAUAGAUUUAUCUCUAAAGGGUUAGAGGAGAUUCGAACUCUGGUUUUAUCACGAGAGACAAGUACAUCCUCAAUCGAUCAUUUUCUAUAUCUUUGGUUUUUUCGAUGUGAAGUUUUAUAUCCUAUCUACCUACUUGGUUGAUUUGAGAAA